AAUAGUAUACUACUAUCAUUGUCAUUCUCUAUUUAAAUUCAAGUUGAUCUUCUUCUUUGGACAACUAUUAGAAAGGAAUGUCUGCCAAUAUUCUCUGUACUCCGGUGACGGUUUCCGGCUACUCCGGCCUCAAAGCCACCUCCCUGAAGUUGUCUCCGCACAAGUACUCGAUUGGAUGGAACAAGAAAACUGUCUCCAAUGGCUCCAGAACUCACUGUAUGCUGACAUGGAAUCCAAUCGAUAACAAGAAGUUUGAGACACUCUCUUACCUCCCGCCGCUCUCUGAUGAAUCUAUUGCAAAGGAGAUUGAUUACAUGCUCUCAAAGGGAUGGAUCCCUUGUCUUGAAUUCGAUGAGACGGGAUACGUUUAUAGGAGCAAUAGCCGGAUUCCAGGAUACUACGAUGGAAGGUAUUGGACACUGUGGAAGCUACCCAUGUUUGGGUGCAAUGACUGUUCUCAGGUCCUCCAUGAGAUCCAUGAAUGCAAGAAGACAUACCCCAAUGCUUAUAUCCGUUGUAUGGCCUUUGACAGCAAACAUCAGGGUCAAUGCAUGGCCAUUGUGAUUCAAAAACCCACUGCUACCACAACCACCACCUCCACCUAAACACUGAUCUCUUUUGUUUCCCUUUAGUUCUUUUAGGGGUGCUUCCUUUUUUAACCCUUUCUUGGGUAGAAAUAAGAUGGUCGUGCACUUGAAGUGUGUAAGUGUGUUAAGGAUAGAAGGGUUAUGUAUUAACUUUAAUGAAGAGUAUUGGUUAUAGUAUGAUUCUGAGAAAGAAUCCUUUGGGCCAUUGGUUUCUGCUUUUAAGUUCACUUUUGCAAGAGUUGUACUAAAUAAAACUUCGUUGGUUAAGAGAGAGGUUUAAUA